AUAAUUGUAGCAUUCUGGUCCACUCUGUGCUAGCAUUACACCAGACAAAACAAAGUUGCUUUAGGUCAAGUUAGGUAAACAUAAUUUUCUUGUAAUUAGUGGCUAAAUUUGGGUUUAAAUGUGCCAGGUAAAAUAGAAAAACAAGAUAAAAAGACGUUAAAUUAUGGUGCACACUAGACACUCCUAUAGUAAAGAUGUCGAGGACUUUACGGCCAUUAAUGGACACAAUAAUGAUGUUAAUGGAUAUGAAGAAAAUAGCAUUGAGCAGGAACAAGAGAACACGGAGAUUUUAAAUGAGAACGAGAAUAAUGAUAGAAAAGACAUUGAAGAGAAGGAAGUUGGGAAUAAAAACUCUGAUUUAAAACCACGGAAAAGAAGUGGACGAGGAAUGGUUGGAUUGUAUGAUAAUAUUGAUUUCCAUGACAGUUAUCACAGACGAAGCUUGAGAAAUUUGGAAAGACGAAGGGAACAAUUAAAGCGACGACCUGCGAAGAUACAGGAUAUGGAGAAAAUAAGAACACACCCGUAUGAUCACAAAUCGAAUCGUAGAAUGAAACGUUCUUCAAGUUUACGAUUUCAAAAUUUUGGAUCAGGUAUUAUUCGAAGAAGUGAUCGUCAACCAAAAAAAGUUUUUGAAACAUUUAAUGAAUCCGAAAUUCAAAGGUCUAUUGAAAGAAAACACCAAGAAAUGUUGGAAAUGGAGCAAGCGAGUAUGUAUGACUCUAUAAAAAGACGAAGAGGUGACGAAGAAGACACUCAAGAUGAUGACGAUGAUGAAGAAGAAGAAGAAGAUAGUGAUGAGGAAAGCGAUGAAGAGGAGGGGAGUGCGGAAGAAGACGAAGUCCAUGCAUAUAGUUUGAGAAAAACCAAACCAAAGACUAAUUAUUAUCAAGCUCCUCCUCUUCACUCAAACCGGCAGCGAAGAGGUGUUAUGUACGAGGUUCGAUCUCCAUUGCAUAAAGUCAAACAUAUGAAAAGAAUACCUCAGCAUGCUUCAUCACCCCAUCAUAGACGUUAUAAACGUAGAAGAAGAACUUCCUCUACAUCCUCAUCAGAUGAUGAAGCUGCAUUUGAAAGACGCAAAGCAAAAAGCAUGAAUCAAGCUAGAAUGAGAUGUCUUCCCAUGAAUUUUCAAUUAGAUGACAUGACUGGAGCUUUACGCAAUAGAGAAAGAGCGAAUGCAAACCCAAUGGGCUCCAGUCUUGCUGAUGUCGACCCAAUGACAAUUGACAGCAAGACAAACUUUUCUGAUGUUGGUGGUUUGGAUCAUCAUAUUCGAGCUCUUAAGGAAAUGGUUGUUUUCCCACUGCUAUAUCCUGAAGUGUUUCAAAAAUUUAGCAUUUCACCACCCAGAGGAGUUUUGUUUUAUGGACCACCUGGAACUGGAAAAACUUUAGUUGCAAGAGCAUUGGCAAAUGAAUGUAGCUCUGAAGGCAAGAAAGUUGCUUUCUUCAUGCGCAAAGGAGCUGAUUGUUUGAGUAAAUGGGUUGGUGAAUCAGAAAGACAGUUGCGUCUGCUGUUUGAUCAGGCUUAUCAGAUGCGACCAUCAAUAAUAUUUUUUGAUGAAAUCGAUGGCAUUGCUCCUGUACGCUCUACUCGUCAAGAUCAAAUUCAUAGUUCUAUUGUCUCAACAUUACUUGCGUUGAUGGAUGGUCUGGAUGCACGAGGUGAAAUUGUGGUAAUUGGAGCUACAAAUCGGUUGGAUGCAAUUGAUCCAGCGCUACGUAGGCCUGGUCGAUUUGAUCGAGAAUUUUUGUUUUCGUUACCAAAUAAAACGGCAAGACAAAAAAUAUUUGAAAUUCACACAUCUGCAUGGCAGCCCAGGUUGAAUAAAGUAUUUCUUUGCGAACUGGCAGAUAAAUGUGUGGGGUAUUGUGGUGCUGACAUAAAAGCUCUUUGUACUGAAACUGCGCUGUUUGCAUUACGUAGAAGAUAUCCACAAAUAUACGAAACAAAUAAAAAACUUGUUCUGGACAUGAACGAAAUUAAAGUUGCUGCAGUGGAUUUUAAAAACGCCAUGAAGACAAUAACACCAGCUUCUCAUCGUUCUUCGCUAUCACCUGGUAGAUCUCUUAAUGAAAGUCUGAAACCAUUACUUCAAUCCUGCAUUGAUAAAGGACUUGCAGUAUUGAAUAAAAUAUUUCCCCCUGGGCAGAAGAUACAGGAUCACGCGUUGGAGGAUGCUAUCGAUUUUGAUGAGGAUGAAGCACCUAGUAUAUUUGAAAAACCUAAAUCCAGACAGCGUAGUCAUGCAGUAGUGGAAUCAUCUGGAGAAUUUUUAAAAACAAGCAUGCAGACCAUGGAUGCACAAGUAAUACACAGGCCUCGUUUACUUGUUUUUGGCAAAAGUGGCAAUGGUCAGACAUCCUAUAUAGCUCCAGCGUUUUUAUACGCCAUGGAGCAUUUAACCACGCAUAUGCUUGAUCUUCCAGCUUUAUUUGGCACUUCCUCACGUGCUCCUGAAGAAGCCGUUGCUCAGGUAUUUCGUGAAGCCAGAAGAACAACUCCCAGUAUAAUAUACCUGCCGCAUAUUGAUAUUUGGUGGAGCUCAGUCCAAGAAACUACCAAAGCUACUUUUAUGACUCUGUUACACGACAUUCCUUCUAAUUCUCCUUUGUUAUUUCUGGCAACAGCGGAAGUGGCAUUUUCAGAUUUACAAGAAUCGAUUCAAGACUUAUUUUCCUCUAUAAACAACGAGUUGAUUGAAAUCUCGUCUCCGACCUCCUCUGAUCGUUACACAUUUUUUAAAGAGCUGUUGUUGGUUCAUGCUUUGAAGAAACCGAUCGCCGAAAGUACAGAAAAACGACAUCAACGUACUGAAGUUCUUGCAGUUGCUAGUCCCGCGAAACCACGCGAGCUAUCAGCAGAAGAAUCAAAAAAAUUAGUUGAAAGUGAAGAAGCUACGCUAAGAGAGUUACGAUUGUUUUUACGUCAAGUGGUUUGGAAGUUGUUAGCUGACAGAAAGUUCAAAGAGUUUUCCAAACCUGUUGAUUUAGGAGAGGUCGAUGAUUACUUAGAAGUGAUCCAACAGCCAAUGGAUUUAUCGACAGUAAUGACACGCAUAAACGCACAUCAUUAUCACACCUGCGCUCACUUCUUAGAAGAUGUUAACUUGAUCACAAACAAUUGUUUGGAAUACAAUCCUGAUAAAGACCAAUACGAUAAACUGCUGAGAAACCGUGCUUGCGAACUGAGAGAUGUCGCUCAUGCUUUUGUCCACAAUGACCUUGAUCCUGAAUUUGAAAAACUUUGUAUUGAAAUACAUCAAAGUCGAAUUAAUAGAGGUUAUGAUGUCAAUGCGAAUGCUCCAUCAUUUUUGAAAGUUAUAUCUAAAUCGAAAAACACUAAUACAUCAACGAUGGAGGUAGAUGAGGGUAACACGUCGUCAACAAAGCCUGUUGUAGGUGACCCAACAGGACCAAGGUUUAGCCGCCGAGUGCGUGGAUUAAGUGAACCGUAUGAAUUUGAUACUUCCACGUUAGAUCUUAUUGAGAAAAAUAAGCGAGCAGCAAAGAAAAUAUUAAAACCAACUUCAGAAGUGUUAGAUACAAAUGAUAAUUCAACGUGUUCUGUGCCGGACGAACCACAGAUUGAAGAGAAUUCUGUUAAAAAUACUGUAGAGGAUGAGCAAGCGUCAUACCAACAUAAAAAUGAUGUGGAAAUAACUAACACAGAAGAGAAAAUUGUAGAUAAUGUAAAAAGAAAUUUAGAAUUUCAAGAAGUGAAACAAUCCGAAGUUCCCAACCUCGUAGAAGAAGCGGUGGAUUUAUUAUCAAAGUUAGUCGAGAAUACAGACGGGUGUACUGUGCAAACAUUAGAACGUCUUUACACAGAUUUGUGUCGCUGUAUACACAGUCACAAAGAUGAAGAUAAUAGAUACAUUGUAUUAUUGGAUUUGCAAACGGUAAUCGAAAGAAUUCAACAGCAUCAAACGUCAUGAAAUGUGAUAAGAAAAGUAUUCUCUGCGAGAGAGUGUCCAAUCUGAUGCCAGGAUUUCAUCAAAAGUUGCGUUCAGUGAUAUUCUACCGAGACAUUUAUUAUGUAUUUAUGCAAAUACAUCUUUAUGUAUUGAACUUUAUAAGUUUUUUUUCGAAAUACCGUAAUUUGUUUCAAUCUUCUAAAUACCGUAAUUUGUUUUACCGUAAUUUGAUUUGAUUGACCACACUUUUAUAGGUGUAACUCGCGAAGCUCAUCCCACGAACAAGACCUAAAAAAAACCGGAAAUGUUUGAGCUCACCAUGUUAAGAUAUUUAUACGCAUGCGUACAAUUAAUUGGAAUGUUUUAUUUUAUUCCAAAAUUAGUUGCUACCAUUUAAUAUAUUAUUUAUUUUAGCUUGUAAUAAUUCAAACGAAUAUGAAAAUCGAAAUUUUUGAAUGUAUAUGUUUACAUAAAAACCUUCAAAAUAUUUUUGAUUUUUUUCUUCAUACGUCCGUUCCCAUGUUCACUAAAGAAAAUUUUUCUAUAACUUUACCUAUGGACAAACACACUGAGAUACUUCUGGAACAAGCUGUUUUGUAAAAAAGAUACAUUUUUCUCCCUUCAACAAAUUGUGCCUACUCUUUACAAACAUCGAUACAAGGUCAAUAUUUAAAUUUGUUUAAUUGGAACCUCUACGUGGGAGAGCACAUAAUUGUCAAAAGCUACAAUGAGUUGUAGAAGAAAAAAUUUAACGAAAGAAAUUUUUCAAAUUUACAUUUGAAGAAUUAUUUUCGUAGGGUAAGUGAUCGUAAGUUAGAGAUUAUGUAAUGUUGUUAUAAAUACAUUUUAAAAUCAGAGCAAUGUGCGCUAAUUAUGUAAAAAAGAAUCAGUCAUUCCAUCCUUAAUUAGCUCCUCAUCAAUAGAGUAAUUAUAGUUGAAUCAUAUAAAACGGCUUUA